CAUUUCUUCUCCACCUUCUCCUUAAUUCCUUCACCCUUUAUAAAUUAUAACAACUUAGCUAGCUUACUGCCUUCUUCUUGCAUAAUAAAAACUCACAACAAAAUAAAGAAAUUAAAGAAAAUGAAGCUUCUUCCUAGAACCUUUUUUAAGCCGUUAUGUACUCAGGAACCCAAAACAUCGUCAUUCCGAAUAACGACGAUGAAAGACGACAUCUACAAGACAAUCAACUCAGUGUAUUUCAACAACGACGCGGAAGUCGUCGAAACCCCGGACUCGUGGUUUACAAACUCCUCCGAGUCCGGGAGUUUGUCGACAAAUGAGUACGAACACUCCUCAAUGUCUAUCUCAGGGGAGUCACAUCUAGAGGCGAUUGUCCGUGGGGCACAGCACGCGGACAAUCGCCUAUUUUUUGACCCCGGGGAGUCCGACUCCCCGAAGCUAAAAACAGAUGGUACAAGAGAAACACAUUCAUCAGAAAAACAGCCAUUUAAAAAAUCUGUGGCAAUGUCACUGGAAAGCAACAACCCGUACGAGGAUUUCAAGAAGUCAAUGGAAGAUAUGGUGGAGAGUCUAGGAGUAAGAGAUGAUUGGGAAAGGUUAGAGGAGUUGCUUCGAUGGUAUUUGAAGGUUAAUGGAAGGGAAACUCAUGGUUAUAUUAUUAAUGCUUUUCUUGAUUUGCUUGCUGGAUUACAAGUAGUAGUUAUUGCUAAAAAUGAUGUUCAUCAAAUUUCUAAGUCUACAACUUCUUUCUCUUCUGCUGCUUCUUCUCUUUCUUCUUUAUCCUCUUCUACAUUAGAUAUUAUUUGUUGACUUUUUUUAUAAACACUAUUUUUGUUGCUCAUUUCAAAGUUUCAGAUGACCAAAUACCUAGUCUUGGUUAUAUCGAUUAUAUGGUAAUUUUUUUUAAUUGUAUCAUGUAUAGUCCGGCUAAAUAUAUAUUUAUUGUACAUAUAUAUUAUACUACAAUGUUUGAAAGUUAGAUCAAUUGAGAGGUGAA